AUGGCGGGCACGCGCAGCAACGCAACCGACGUGCGCGAUUCCAUCGAGGCCAAGCUUGACAAGGACAAGGACAAGACCAACGGCCACGACAUGGACCUCGACACCCCUGAAAAUGCAGCAGAUGACGUCGAUAUGAAGGAUCAGCACGACGAAGAAGAUGCCGACGGGGAAGCUGACGCUGAGGCCGACGCCGACGGCGAAGAUGAUACUUCCCAGCAAGAUGUUGAUGAGCCUGGAGACCUGCUGUCUGUCCUCGGCACGCUUGAGUCCGAGCUGAGCAGAUAUGAGGAAGACGGAGAGGAACUUGCCGCGCCCUUCCAGCGCAUCCCUAACAAGCGAUCGCUACCCGACUAUUUCCAGAUCAUUGAAGAGCCCACGGCAUUCAGCAGCAUCAGGAAAAAGGUCCAGAAGAAGGAGUACACCAGCGCCAGCGAAUUCGUGCGAGACCUGGCUCUCAUCUGCCACAACGCGCAGGUUUAUAAUCUUCCGAGCGCCCCAAUCUUUCAUGCUGCUGUCAGAUUGCGCGAGGUUGCCAAGGAGAAGCUGCAAAAGCUCGUGACAGCCGGCGUCUUGACCGCUGCCGAGGUUGAGUUUCCUUUCCUGGGCGAGUUGCCUCCUGCAGAGGAAGCCUCCGAGAACGCCGGUGAAGAGGACGAAGAGGAUGAAGAGGAAGAAGAAGAGGAAGAGGAUGAUGACGACUCCGACGAUGACGAAAAUGGUCGUGGUCGCAAGACUCGGAAGAUUGGACGUCGCCCAGACGCAAGCCGGGAGGAAGAAGACCAUAAGAAAAGAGGCCGCCCGCCCAAGGUGCUCACACCUGCUGAGGUCCGGAUAGAUUCCGUCCUCAAGGGAUUGCGCAAAUUCAAGGACGAGUCCGGCGAGCUGCGCAUCCUACCCUUUGAGAAGCUGCCUGACAAGCAGGAACUGCCCGAGUACUAUGACGCCAUUCAGAAGCCUAUUGCUCUCGACAUGAUCCGCCAGAAGUUCAAGCGCAAGAAAUAUGCUACUGUUGACGACCUUAUCCAGGACCUGGACCUCAUGUUUGAGAACGCCAAGCUCUUCAACGAAGACGACAGUGAUAUUCACCAGACCGCCAUUGAUCUCCAGAGGGAAGCGCGCUCGCUGGCACAGCAGGAGAAAGCCAAACCUGAUAGUCUUUGCCGAGCUGACGACGGCAGGUUGCCGUUGGCCGAAGUACAGCAUAACGGUGAGACCUGGAGAGUUGGCGACUGGGUUCACAUCAACAACACAAAUGACGUGACCAAGCCCAUCGUUGCUCAGAUCUUCCGGCUCUGGCAAGACCCCAAGGGCCAGCGCUGGAUCAACGCCUGCUGGUACUAUCGCCCCGAGCAGACCGUGCACCACGAGGACAAGCACUUCUAUGAGCACGAGGUCGCCAAGUCGACGCAGUACCGCGACCAUGCCAUCGAGGAGGUCAUUGAUCGGUGCUUUGUCAUGUUCGUGACGCGUUUCUUCAAGGGACGCCCCCGCGGGCUGCCUGCCGGUAAGAGCGUGUAUGUCUGCGAGUCGAGGUACAACGAGGAGAAGUGCCGAUUUGCCCGGAUCAAGACAUGGUCGAGCUGUGUGCCAGACGAAGUCCGCGAGAAAGACUACGUCUCUGAUCCGUUCCCUCAUCCCCUACGAAUGAAGAAGUUCCCCAGCCCUAUCAAGCACCUCAUCAGGCAGAAUGCGAAGCCGACCGAUCCGCUGCCGAAGCCGACUUGGGGCUACAAGAACAUGCCGCCUGUUAUUGGUGCUGUUCAUCGUCGUCCUAGAGAGUCCAACGAAUCACCUCCACCGCAGCCUACACCUCCGGCUCAGCCUGCUCAGCCAAUUCUUUCUAACACAGGACGGAGGCCUUCCUCGUUCCGCGGUUCCCAGCCACCAGCGUCGCCCUUCCACAUGGCCCCUCCUGGCGCCUCGCCAUCUCCGGCGCCUCUUGUUCCCCAGUACCACGGACAGCAGCAGCCGCAGCCGCAGCCUCAGCAGCAUCAGUACACUUCUGCGUCUCCGGUUGCUCAUCAUCAGAGUCCUCAUCAGCCUGCUCCGCACUACCCCCAGGGCCAGCAGCCGCAGCCGCAGCAGCCUGGUCAGAGCCCCUACCUCAACUACCGGCAGCCACAGCAGCCACCUGGUCAGAACGCUGGCCAGAUGUUCUCGCAGCAGCAGCAUAACAUGCCGCAAGCUCCGAUGCAUCGCCCACAAGGAUCCAACAUGGCAACCGACCAGUACCAGAAUGGCUUUCAGGGUAACUUCCAGGGCCCGCAGUACAAUCAACGCCAAGGCCAGCAUCCACCUGCGUACCCACACUCGCCCGCGACCCACAUUCAACAGGGACAACUAAAUGUGCAGCCCCAGUCUCAUGCUCAGAUUCCUCAGAUGCAGCCAUCGCACAUGGCCAAUUCAGGCUUCGCUGACCACCGCAUGUCCAUGGGCACCAACCGAAACACCAUGGCCCCCACUGCUGGUAUCCAGAUGCAGCCCUACGUCCCUGCGCAGCAACAGCACCUGCCACCUCAGCAGCAGCAGCAGAAUUCGCACAAUGCCGCGCCCUCCACGGAAGUUUUCACCCUCCCGGAUGAGCUCAACAACGAGAUCCCCGAGGAGAUCCGCCUCAUGUACAACAACGACAAUGGAAAGUUGCUCUGGUACACGACUCCGCCCAGGAAGAACAGAAGCGUCAGCGCAAAGAGCGCAAUGAAAGAGAACGCGCUUGCCAUGACCCCCAUGCAGCGGGAGAUUGAGGAUCUCGCCAGUGCGAAGUGGCGUCAAGUGCGCGACACGAAAGGAGGCCCGAGAGACAGCAGCUCCUGUUUCAGAUCAACUUUCAAACGUGCGAAGAUUGGCUCCAAUGCGGCGCAUGAGGGCUACAGAAUCCUUAAUGAGGAAUUUCAGAUGGGUCCGAACUACCGAAAGCGUUAUAUGGAGGAGAAGGAGGCUGCGCGCCAGAAACGCAUCGCCGAAGACGAGGCUAAGCGCAAGGCCGCCGCUGAGGAUCGCACCAUUUGA